GUUCCCCAGGUUCGAGAUCCUUCUUCAGCGUGCCGUCACCGACAGGAUUCGGAAGCUUCACCCCGAUAGCUUGCAGCACGAGGCGUCGUUGCGGCAUGAGGCAUCUGUCAUGAAUGGUAUGCGACUGUAUAACUUGGUACAGUUUGCUCCCUUGACAGGUUUCCCCGGAGAUGAGAAGAACGUCGCAUUAUGUCCAUAUGAUGUGAUCCCCCCUCUCCUUUGCGCUAAUGGUUGCGCUUCCGAUAGCAGUAUCCACCCCUCAGGUAAUCCUGCGGUGCCGUAUAGUGCAACUCCAUGCGCCGUGGGAAGCUACAUGACGCUGUGCCGGAAUCUGAAGAACACCUGAACGUCAUCUGCACCCCCGUUGUGUGACCGUUUUGCUGUCAGGUGAGCCGGAACAAAACACAAUACAA